AUGUCUGAAGGCGACGGAGAUCGUCCGAACGAGCUGAAUCCUGAUCAAAAUGCGCCGGAUGGACUUUCAGGGGAUGAUGCUGGAGAGGCAGAAGAGCCUCCUGCAAGGUUGGAAGCCGACAAGCCCAAUCUGUCUGCAGAAUCGGGAUGGACAGAAAUAACGAUGCCAGAUAGUCACCCUCAAAAGCCUGAGGUUGACGACCAUCCUACAGCCAAAUCCCCUCAGCGGUUAACUACAGCUCCAGAUCCUUUUCUCUCAUUAAAUGGUGAGAGUGAGGUUGCGAACGAGCCAGACAGAUCUACAGAAGGGCCUGCAAAGACGCAGAUACCAGCACCAUCACCUUCUAUACGAGUGUCCAAAGAUCUUCCACUUACACCCCCUGAGCAUGACCUCCCGGAGCAGAGAGCAUCUCCAACGCCGACUGCCCUUGAACCCCGACCACGCGCAAAGUCUACGUCGACUUCGACCUCUGUCUCUGCCCCCAUUAGCUCCACAGUCUUCGUGGUCACGGCUUUGGAAACAAUUGGCAGCUCCAAGGAAGCAAGGAAGAGCAAGGACUUACAAGAGGCAGUCCAGGCUGCUCUGGCGAACAUCAAGGAUGAAAACCAAGGCGUCGAUCCAGAAACCAUCUUUCGGCCGCUCCAGCUGGCUUCGAAGACCUUCAGUAUACCCCUAGAGGUGACCGCGCUGGACUGCAUCGGAAAGCUCAUAAGUUAUUCCUAUUUUGCUUUUCCCUCGGCGGAGGCUAGUAGUGCUCAGGACGCAGAGAACGCCUUGCAGCAGCCACCGUUGAUUGAGCGAGCUAUCGAGACCAUCUGCGACUGCUUCGAGAAUGAAGCCACACCAAUCGAGAUUCAGCAACAGAUUGUCAAAUCUUUAUUGGCUGCUGUUUUAAACGAUAAAAUCGUUGUCCAUGGGGCCGGUUUGCUUAAAGCUGUUCGGCAGAUAUACAAUAUCUUUAUCUACUCCAAAUCAAGUCAAAACCAGCAAGUAGCACAAGGCUCCCUCACGCAAAUGGUAGCUACAGUUUUUGACCGCGUGCGUGUGCGGCUGGAUCUUAAAGAGGCUCGGCAGCGUCGAAGUCCCCAUUCGAGAAGUGAUGAAGAUCUGUCUGCGGGUGCGUCGAUCGCUGGAGACCAUGAGCAGUCCGGUGGUGAUGGAGAAGAGGGUCAAAAAGAUUUCCACAGCGAGGCUGUGUCGAACAUUACCGCGCCAAAAGAGAAGCAGGAGAAAAUGACACUGCAGAGCUUCGAGAACACUAAGAACUUGGACGAUGCCGUCGUCGCCGAGAAUGCCCCUACCAUGGUCACACGAGCCCGAAAAGACCGCAAACUUCCUCGUUCUACCUCUAGCGUCCUGUCCAGGCCUGGCCAACACGACGAGCAGGAAGAUAUUGAUGCCUCUGCGGAAGAUGAAGAGGACGAUAUCUACAUUAAAGAUGCAUUUCUUGUCUUCAGGUCAUUGUGCAAAUUGAGCCAGAAAAUCCUGACUCAUGAGCAACAACAGGAUCUGAAGUCACAGAACAUGAGAUCGAAAUUGCUCUCCCUACAUCUCAUUCACCAUCUCCUCAACAACCAUAUAUCCGUCUUCAUCUCCCCACUGUCUUCGAUCAGAAGCGGGAGCGACGGGGAGACCAAUCCUUUUAUGCAAGUAGCUAAACCUCAUCUAUGUCUAAGUCUAUCACGCAAUGCAUCAAGCUCGGUGGCUCGAGUUUAUGAAGUCUGCUGUGAAAUCUUCUGGUUGUGUUUAAAGCAUUUGCGUGUCAUGCUCAAAAAGGAAUUGGAGGUUUUCCUCAAAGAGGUUUACCUCUCGGUACUGGAAAAGAAGAGUGCACCAGUUUUCCAGAAGCAGCAUUUCAUGGAUGUUCUGGAGAGGUUAUCGGCAGAUCCACGAGCCCUUGUGGAGAUAUACCUCAACUACGAUUGCGAUCGAGCAGCGCUGGAUAACAUGUAUCAGGGAAUAAUCGAACAUCUCGCUAGGAUCUGCAGUUCUCCCAUCAAUGUGACCCCGGUGCAGCAAGUGCAAUAUCAGGAACAACACAUUCGCAUGCCGAGUGCUGGAUCGGAGUGGCAUCAGAAAGGGGCUCUGCUUCCUGGCCUCUCCACUGCCAGUAUUGCUGUUGCCAAUCCUCCACCAGCAGCGCUACCGAGCGAGUACAUCUUGAAACAGCAAUCCCUAGAAUGUCUGAUCGAAAUACUGCAUUCUUUAGACAAUUGGUCAAAGCAGAGUCUUACCGAUGGAGCUGGGGCAGGCCGGUAUCCGGGUUCUCGGGGAUCAUAUGAGGAUUCGAGGGAGUCCCUGGACAACGGUACCGAAAAGGUCAAACAGCGCAAGACUGCUUUGAACGAGGGCAUUCGCCAAUUCAACUUCAAGCCCAAGCGCGGCAUCAAGACCCUGCUUGCAGAAGGAUUUAUCAAAAGUGACUCAGCAGAGGAUAUUGCUCGAUUUCUCAUCGGCAAUGACCGAUUGGACAAAGCUGUGCUUGGAGAUUUUCUAGGGGAAGGCGAUGAAAGAAAUAUUGCGAUCAUGCAUGCAUUCGUGGAUGCCAUGGACUUUGCGAGGAGACGCUUUGUUGAUGCGUUGAGGCAGUUUUUGCAAAGCUUUCGCUUACCCGGCGAGGCGCAAAAGAUCGACCGAUUUAUGUUAAAGUUUGCCGAGCGAUACUUGACUGGCAACCCCAACGCGUUCGCGAACGCUGAUACCGCCUAUGUUCUUGCUUACUCGGUCAUUAUGCUCAAUACCGACCAGCAUAGCACCAAGCUCAAGGGCCGACGCAUGACUGUUGAUGACUUCAUCAAGAACAACAGAGGUAUCAAUGAUGGUCAAGAUCUACCAGCAGAGUACCUGGCUGGCAUAUUUGAUGAAAUAGCACACAACGAGAUUGUUCUGGCUUCUGAGCGGGAGCAUGCAGCAGAUUUGGGUAUUCCAAUAUCAAUGCCUACUGGUGGACUAGCCUCGAGGGCUGGCCAAGUUCUGGCCAGCGUUGGUCGAGACGUGCAGAAAGAAAAAUAUGCUCAAGCCUCGGAAGAAAUGGCCAACAAGACCGAGCAGCUGUAUCGUAGUCUUAUCCGGGCGCAAAAGAGAUCUGUGGUUCGAGAAGAGCUAUCCAGAUUCAUACCCGCGUCGUCUGUUAAGCACGUCGGGCCAAUGUUCAAUGUUACCUGGAUGUCAUUCUUGUCCGGUAUAUCUGGACAGAUUCAGGUUACGCAGAACAUUGACAUUAUCAAACAGUGUAUGGAGGGCCUCAAGCUCGCCAUCAGAAUCUCUUGUCGCUUUGACCUUGAAAUACCUCGAGAAGCUUUCGUUACCGCACUGGCCAAAUUUACCAAUCUUGGCAACUUGAAGGAAAUGAUGGCUAAGAAUCUAGAAGCAUUGAAGGUCCUGCUGGAAAUUGCCUUAUCAGAGGGCGAACUUCUCAAGGGCUCCUGGAGAGAGAUCUUGACCUGUGUCAGCAUGCUUGACCGUCUUCAAUUAUUAUCAGGCGGGGUGGACGAGGACGCAUUACCGGAUGUUACGCGAGCCAGGAUACCACUUCCUUCGAAUAUCGGCGAGGCUGGGCGUUCGAGGAAGUCGAUGCAGUCUGUCAGGCGACCCAGACCACGUUCAGCCAAUUCCCACACCAGCUAUCGAUCCGAAGUAGCAAUGGAGACUAGAUCUACCGACAUGGUCCGGGGGAUCGAUCGGAUAUUCACCAACACUGCGAAGCUGUCCAGUGAGGCCAUUCUCGGCUUUGUCCGUGCCUUGAGCGACGUGAGCUGGCAAGAGAUUCAGUCCUCUGGAGACAGUGAUUCGCCGCGGACAUAUAGCCUUCAGAAAUUGGUUGAGAUCAGCUACUACAACAUGACUCGGGUGAGGAUAGAAUGGACCAAGAUAUGGGAAGUGCUUGGUGAGCAUUUCAACAAAGUCGGUUGCCACACCAACACUGCGGUGGUGUUCUUCGCUCUCGACUCGUUGCGGCAGCUAUCGAUGCGUUUCAUGGAGAUCGAAGAGCUACCCGGUUUCAAGUUUCAAAAAGACUUCCUUAAGCCCUUCGAACACGUCAUGGCCAACAGCAACGUUGUGACUGUCAAAGAUAUGGUCUUGAGGUGUCUCAUCCAGAUGAUUCAAGCACGAGGUGAGAACAUACGAUCGGGCUGGAAGACGAUGUUCGGCGUGUUCACAGUGGCUGCGCGAGAGAAAUACGAAGGCAUAGUCACAUUGGCGUUUGACUACACCAACCAGAUCUACAACACUCGGUUUGGUGUUGUCAUCACCCAAGGCGCUUUCGCAGACCUCAUUGUUUGCUUGACUGAGUUCGCCAAAAACCUCAAAUUCCAGAAGAAGUCGUUGCAAGCAAUCGAGACGUUGAAAUCCACCGUUCCCAAAAUGCUACAGACGCCUGAAUGUCCACUAUCGCAACGGCACGAUAGAGGCCGCAACCAGACGAGUAAUGGCAUCACGCCUGGCAUCAAGCAGCCGACACCGCAGUCGGAGGAGGAGCAGUUUUGGUAUCCAGUAUUAAUUGCAUAUCAAGAUAUCUUGAUGACAGGAGAAGACCUCGAGGUCAGAUCGCGAGCUCUGACAUACCUGUUCGAAACUCUCAUCAAGUAUGGAGGAGACUUCCCCAGAGAUUUCUGGGACGUUCUUUGGCGACAAGUCCUCUACCCAAUCUUUGUUGUGCUCCAAUCCAAGUCCGAGAUGUCCAAGGCGCCUAACCACGAAGAGCUCUCUGUAUGGCUAUCUACGACCAUGAUCCAAGCUCUGCGGAACAUGAUCACCUUAUUCACGCACUACUUUGACUCCCUAGAGCAUAUGCUCGACCGCUUCCUUGAUCUCCUUACUCUGUGUAUCUGCCAGGAGAACGACACCAUUGCUCGAAUCGGCAGUAAUUGUCUGCAACAGCUCAUCCUGCAGAACGUGACCAAGUUCCGACCGGAUCACUGGGCGAGAAUUGUCGGGGCAUUUGUCGGCCUCUUCGACCGUACCACCGCCUACGAACUAUUUUCCGCCAGUGCCACCAUGUCUCAUGCACGCACCCCCUCCAUCGCAGAUCCAUCGCCCUCAAAUGGCCUGGCUAUCACAGAACCAUCUUCACAGCCCGUGACGACUCCACCUACCAAUGGAGCAUCACCUCAGCUUUCAUCCACCGAAGCCUCUCUUUCCUCCAUCCCUGCUCACCCCACUCCACCCAUCACUACCAACUCCACCAUCCCACCCACUCCCACAGUCGCUCCAGAAUUAGAAGACUACCGUCCCUCUCAAGUCGACACCCAAACACAAGCGCCCGUCGUCACCGUCGCCCGCCGCCGCUUCUUCAACCGCAUAAUCACCAAUUGCGUCCUCCAACUCCUCAUGAUCGAGACCGUCGCCGAGCUCUUCUCCAACGACUCCGUUUACGCCUCCAUCCCUUCCCCGGAGCUCCUCCGCGUCAUGUCCCUCCUACGGAAAUCCUACCACUUCGCCAAAAAAUUCAAUGCCGACAAAGAACUGAGGAUGCAGCUCUGGCGUCAAGGGUUCAUGAAGCAGCCACCUAACCUGCUGAAGCAGGAAAGUGGGUCUGCGAAUACGUACGUGAGUAUUCUCCUGAGGAUGUAUCAUGAUGAAGGGGAGGAGAAGAGGGAGAGUAGGCGGCAAACCGAGGACGCGCUCAUCCCGUAA